UCCCCUUAAGGCUGCAGGCUUUCGCUUUCACUUCCUCCUCGGAGACAGACGGAUCCUCGGGUGCUUGCGGAUCAUGGCGCUGCUGGAGAUGUGCGGAGCCCCCCGAGGGCGAGGGGACGACUGGGCAUUCCCCGACGCGGGAAGCGGGCUUCGCUCGGACCCUGGACACUACACUUUCUCCAUGCGAUCUCCAGAGCUCGCCCUCCCCCGAGGAAUGCAGCCCACCGAAUUCUUCCAGACCCUGGCCAGGAAUGGAGAAUGGGACGCGCGGAAUGAGAUGGUUCAUGGUACCACCACGCUGGCCUUCAAGUUCCAGCAUGGAGUGAUUGUGGCCGUGGAUUCCCGGGCCACGGCUGGGAAUUACAUUGCUGACACAAGGGUGAACAAGGUGAUUGAGAUUAACCCUUACCUGCUUGGCACCAUGUCUGGCUCUGCGGCAGACUGUCAGUACUGGGAGCGGCUGUUGGCCAAGGAGUGCAGGCUGUACUACCUGCGAAAUGGGGAGCGGAUCUCAGUGUCAGCAGCCUCCAAACUGCUUUCCAACAUGAUGUGUCAGUACCGGGGCAUGGGCCUCUGCAUGGGCAGUAUGAUCUGUGGCUGGGACAAGAAGGGCCCUGGACUCUACUAUGUAGAUGAAAAUGGGACCCGGCUCUCAGGAAGUAUGUUCUCCACGGGCAGUGGCCGGCAGUUUGCCUACGGGGUCAUGGACAGUGGCUAUCGGCAGGAUCUCAGCCCCAAAGAGGCCUAUGACUUGGGCCGCAGGGCUAUUGUUCACGCCACCCACCGAGACAGCUAUUCUGGAGGCGUUGUCAAUAUGUACCACAUGAAGGAAGAUGGCUGGGUGAAGGUGGAAAGCACAGAUGUCAACGACCUUAUGGACCAGUACCGGGAAGCCCUUCAGUAGUGGUGGUGGCUGCCAGUAGCCUACGCGGGGAAAGCUGGUCUACUCAGGGACCUGGGCCAGCUUAUGCCCCAGGAGAGGAGGGGCCUCGCCUGAGCCCAGAAAUGGAGGACCAGCUGCCAGAGAUGCUGGGAGGAGUUUAUACUUUUGUGUGUUCUCUAUUUCCAGAAAGACCUCCCUGCACUUUCUGGGGCGCCACAAAGCAUAAUAAAGGAAAAACGGU